CAAAACUCUCCGUUUUCGAAAUCUGAAGCUUAGAAUCCCAUUCAACCACAAGGAACUAGAAUAAUUGAAAAAAAAAAAAAUGUUUUGGCGUCCAAAAAGAAGCAUGUGCAAUCCUCUAAUUUUAUUAAUAUAAACCAAGUGAUGCAAAUCCAGUAAAGAUGUAAAUAAGAGCUAUUAGUGGAAAAAAUAGUUGUAUAAUUCCAGGCCUUGAAGAAGGCUACAAAGUAUAUGAGAAUAACGUAUCUAUAUAGUGUUUAUGUUUGUUCAUUUCUCCCUUAUGGUUUUUUAUGCCUGUUAACGCUUGAACAAUGUUGCAGGUCAAUCAAGCAGAUAAGAUUCAGAAAGAAAACUCCACAUCUGUUGCCAGCAAUGCUCAUGGGGAACCAAAGCCUACAAAUCUGAAGCCUUUUAGGUUUAGAAGUGAUGAAAGAGGGAUGUUUAAGGAAGCAACUUCGGACAAAAAAGUGCAUGCACCACUGAAGGAGAUCGCAUUAGUCAGGACUCCAGGGGCAAAGUCAACAAGCAAACAUCAGAAUGUGAUACACGUAUACUUGGGAGCUGCAAGUGCUUUGUGUGUGCUUUUUUGUGAUUUAUUUGAUGAAAGUUUCAAUCUUCAGGCAAAACAUUGGACCAGUUGGUCAUAUUUAGAAGAGCAAACGGGGAUGGAGUUCUUGGUGUUGCAUGAAGUUGAUGUGCAUGAGAUGGACGUCCAUCCUGUCUCCAAUGGAAGAAAAUCGAUGUCACCAUCUUCAGCUUUCCUCAUGCAGGCCAUUACUCUAGGCUAAGUGAAAAGUACUCGGUCCUUACU